GGUAAGGAAGGAAGUCAAGGAGGCGAGAUUGGCAAAGCUUUUAAUCAGUCCAUCAAACAACGCUAUGGCGGCGACUUGGUCUCCAGCACUGGAUAGGAAGACAGUGUUUGUGGUCGUCGUUUUGUGUGCCACGGCUCGGCUUGCUUUUGGCCAGUAUGAUACGUAUGGGGAAGGUAAUGUAACUACGCCAGCCGCCGCCACGGAGGGAGACGGUGGUGCUUCUACUGGGACUCCAUCUGUCAGUGAGGUACCUACAGCGCCUCCGGAUACAACUUCGCCUAUAGAAGUGACGUCAUCAAACAGUGACGCUGAAACUACAACGGCGGAAGAAGCCCAACAUUCAACCCAAGAACAACGUGACUCGACUCUUAUGGAUGAGAUGUCCACAACAACCGGAUCUCAGCAGCCUGAGCGAGACGCCACCGUGACCACCGGCGCCCCUGAGGUCAUCGUUUACGAGUCGAACCUUCAACAAGUGUACAGUCUCGGGCCAAUGAAUGCUUCCGCUGAACUGCGUCUCGACAAUUGUGGAUCACGAGGGCGCAUAAUCGGUGGGCAUAUUUCUGCUGUCCCGGCGUGGCCAUGGGCUGUGGCGGUGAAAGAUAAGUUCUCCAGCCACUACUGUGGCGGAGUAGUGAUUUCCUCCCGACACGUCCUCACUGCCGCCCACUGCAUCGACCAUCCAGAUCUAGUGGAUCGCCUGCCUCUGAAGGUCACUGUCGGGGACUACGACCUCUCCACAAGCGAGGAGUCAGAGUCCCGGACUGAGUGGGUGCACGAGGCGUUCAAACAUAACCAAUACAACCAACCAUCUUCGUACAACAAUGACAUCGGAGUGUUGGUGGUGCAGGAUGAAAUAGACACGGGGAUUGAUGUGACUCCUGUUUGUCUCCCGUCAGCACAACUCAAUCUACCUGUGGGGACUGAAAUGUUCGUCGUGGGCUGGGGAGCAACAGUGUACAAUGGUCCAGUAGUCAAUGAACUCCGCCAGGUGAAACUAACGCUUCUUGAUAAUUCCCGAUGUACUGCCGUGUAUAGCGAGUUUAAAGCAGACCGAAUGUUUUGUGUCGGCGACUUGGUAGGAGGCAAAGAUGCUUGUCAGGGUGAUUCCGGCGGACCACUGCUGUACAAAGACACCAGUGACAACAAGUGGUACGUGGUGGGCGUGGUGAGCUUCGGCAGCAGGUGCGGGGAGGCUCAGUACCCUGGCGUGUAUACCAGCGUGCAGUUCCACCUCGGUCUUCUCAACUGGGCACUACAGAACACGUGAAGUGUUACCAGUCGUGAGGUUGAUGUAAAUUCCUCGGUGUUUCUCGAAACUGAUAAAGGUUUCUAGGUGUUAAUAAAAGCUUCUGAACUAAUGA